CUAUAACAUUGGCUAAAUCACCUUCCGAAAAUUCUCUUUCUCAAUACCACAAAUUGUAUUUUUUGAUCCGACCUAGUGAAGGGUGGGAGGUCACAGUAAAUUUUAGCGCGAGAAGUGGUUGCCGAUACCGAGGAAAGUAAUCACACGGUAUAAAAGUCAUUGAUGGUAUCAAAAAGAUAUCCAGUACCCUGUUAGUUGCAUUAAAGACGCAUAGUACGGAGAAUUAUGAGAAUACUGUUAUCGCUGUCGAUCUUAGUCCUUGUGGCGGCGGCAGUAAUUGCUGAGCCCAAGGAGAAGAAAUCAGUACAAGUUGAUGAUAAAAAGCAAACGAAACGUGGACUACUCAGUUUGGGAUACGGAUACGGAGGAGAUUUCGAUAAUGGAUAUCACGUAGGCGAAGGAGGAUACGGUCUCGAAGGUGGUUACCCCGUAGGAUUCGGCGGUAUUGAUUUAGGACAUUCGGCGGCUGUAGAAAAAACUAUAACCGUAUAUAAAGGUGUUCCGUUACCGUAUCCCGUAGAAAAACAUAUCCCAUACCCGGUUACGAAACACGUACCCUACCCCGUAAAAGUUCUAGUCCCACAACCUUACCCCGUAGAAAAACACGUACCCUACCCUGUAAAAGUACACGUUAAAGUACCAUAUCCCGUACCUCAACCCUAUCCCGUUGAAAAACUCGUCCACGUACCCGUUAAAGUACCAGUCGAUAGACCGUAUCCCGUAAAAGUUUUAGUACCUCAACCGUACCCUGUAGAUAAAUACAUCCAUGUACCAGUCAAAGUACCAGUUCCCCAGCCUUACCCAGUAGAAAAACCCGUACCGGUGCCGGUUAAAGUCCCAGUUCACGUACCACAACCUUACCCAGUUUACAAACAAGUACCAGUACCUGUUAAAGUACCCGUAGAUCGUCCGUACCCAGUCCACGUACCUCAACCUUACCCAGUACACGUAGUCAAAAACGUACCAGUACCAGUAGAAAAACCAGUACCUUACCCAGUUAAAGUACCAGUCGAUAGACCUUAUCCCGUAACUGUAGAAAAACCGUACCCUGUGGCGGUUAAAGUACCAUACCCAGCUCCGUAUCCAGUAGAAAAACCAGUACCGUAUCCAGUAGAAAGACCUGUACCUUAUCCCGUUAAAGUUGCCGUUGAUAGACCAGUACCGGUACAUAUCGAAAAACCAGUACCGGUUCCGGUGGAAAAACCUGUACCAGUACCUGUUAAAGUACCAUACGCAGUUCCGGUAGAAACCCAGCACGGAUACAGCCACGGAAGUUACUCAGACAGCUACGAAGGCGGUUGGGGAGAUUACGGGCACAAAUAAAUCGUGUGAGAGUGCCUUAAAGUACCUUUCUAUUUAUAUAUAUUUUAAGGUUAUGUUUCUCAAUAAAUCUUGUUAUAUUUUUA